AUGUCUCGGUCCCGUCAUGCAAAGCCUUCCAAAGCAGUCAGGACAGGUCUACAGAAGAAGAAAGCGACAUUAAAACAGGGUGUCAAACAUGGGGAGUCAGGGAAGCUGAACCCCGGAAAGCUGAACCAGUUAACGCCAAGAGAUGGUAAGAAAGAACCAGAAGAGAAAAGCCACACACCACCCAGAAGCCUUCUGACCAGAGCUGGGGCAGCCAGAAUGAAUCAGGAUAGGACCCAAGUUGAGAGUCCAGAGUCCUUAGCUGCCAGUGGGUUUUCAAUGGCUCUACGAAGAAGCUCUCUGAGCAGGCGACUCUCCCAGAGCCCGGUUGUUACACCCAGACCUAAGAAAGUGUCACCUGCUAAGAGUGUUUUGAAGCAGCAGUGUCAUCACGAUACCCAGGAUGGCGAUACCCAGGAGCUCACGGAAAAUGAUUGCAUCCCCAGCCACAACCCCACCUCGUCCCCAGAUCCAGAGAACCUAAUUGGUGAAGAGAGCUUGUGUUUAGUUGAAGGUGAGAUCCAAGAGAUAACCCAGUCUUGGCCUCAAACAAUAGAAGGUUCCCAAAGCUGUCCUGCAAUAGAUAUUCCUUCUGGGCCACUGGAAGGGACACACUGUGAAGGACUACUCACAUCAGAUGAUGCCAGCACAUCCCCUCAGGAGUAUGCACCUUUGUCCCAAAGAUCAACGCCCGAAGUCACCUCUCAGAAAAACACUAGCAAUCAGUUUGAAGACUUGGGGUCACAAGUAAACUCUCUUAAGCUAUCAGAUUCUCCCCUGAAUCCUGUGGGAAAUGAAUCUAAUUGCUUUCCCACCUCCAGUUUUAAGAUUCUACCUGAAUUGGACCUUAAAAACUGCAUGUCUCUUGAUGGGACUACAUAUCCCACAGCUCUGAUAAGAUUCCUUUUGGCAGGCUCACAGCCAGAUACACUUGAUCAAAAUACACUUGGUGCUAAACCCCAAGAAGGAACCCUCAAAACUAACCCAGAUCAAGGUGGAUGCUACCCAUAUCAAUUUCUGGAUGCCAUUUCUGUCCUAGGACAGGCUUUCAGUGCUCUCCCACCUCAGUGGGUAUUUCCUGGUGCCAACUUAGUUCCUGGUGAGGCCCUGGGCAAGGUUUCAGGUCUACCAGAGGAUCUUGGUGCUAUAACUUUGCUAACCCAACAAGGAACUAUGAAUAUGAAUAUGGCUGCUUCUCCAGAACUGCCUGUUUUCCUUCCGAACCCUAUAGUCCCAUUUGCUACCUGCAGUAUUCCUCCCGGGCCUGAGCCCCACAGCUAUGCCUCCUGUGGGCUUGAGGUCCAAGGUGCUAUCCCUUUAACUUUGGACUCAGGACGUGCUCCCCAACCUCCAGCAAACUCUGAGAUAAGUUCAAUACCUCCAGCAAUAGCUGCAACCAGUGUACAAGAUGAGAAGCAGUUUUGUGCAAACCCUUCUCCAGCGAACACGCAAGGGUUUACCAUUGACCCUGAGAGUGGACUCCAGCAUGUUCCCCUGGAUCUUACCCAGGGCUCUCAGGCUACCUCCAGCAAAGUGGAAGGGGGGAUUUCUCAGGUCAACAUGGCCAGCUCAGUUGAUGUCAAAGCCACUGGGAUGUCUAUGCCAGUGUCACAGGCCAGUACCUCUUCACAGAACCCUACACCUACACCGCCAACUGUGGAGAGGAAGAAACGCAAGCCGUGCGGGAUCUGUGAGCCCUGCCAGCAGAAGACCAACUGCGGUGAAUGUACCUACUGCAUGAACAGAAAGAACAGCCACCAGAUCUGCAAGAAGAGGAAAUGUGAGGUGCUCAAAAAGAAGCCGGAUGCCACUUCUUUGGUACAGGUUACAAAAGAAAACAAGAGGCCCCAGAGGGAAAAGAAGCCCAAAGUUUUAAAGAGAGACAAUAACAACAGACUAGUAAAUGGCCCCAAAUCAGAGUCCAUGGAAGACAGUCAAUGUGGCCAUGGGGAAGAGCAGAGAUUAGAUUUGAAUUCACAAACCCUUGAAAAUGUAGGGAAGAAUGCAGAAAGCAUGACAGGAAUCGAGGUGGAGAAUUGGACACCAAACAAGAAAUCAAGCCCAGAGAGUCAAGUCAAGGGAGACCUCGAUACAAAUUUAACUGAGUUUGGAAAGCCCCAGCUCUCUGAAGAUGACAAGCAACAAAGCCAGCCUUCCCCGAUGUUUCCUCAGGCCAUAAGAAACGGCAUGAAAAAUGUAUACUGUUUACCUACGGACACAAACCUUCCAAUCAACAAGUUGGAUCUUGAAGAAAUUAACAAGGUGCUGGGAAAUAGUUCCUCUAAAUUGCUGCCUGGCCCCUCCAACGGCAAUGAUGCCAUGAACUCCAUCACUUCCGAUAGGAGUUGCGAUCAUCUCGAGGGGUUGAGCAACACUUUGCUCUUCCUGAAGCCUGGCUUGAACUGCCAAUCUGCUGCAGACUCCACCAUCCCUAAGGAUCAUCCUAAUACACACAGCUCUGGCUGUCAACCCCAAAGCCCCGAGGAGGUACCUAGUAAAGAGCCUAAAGAUGACUCUCCAGUUCAGCCAAGUCUUUUAUCACUAAUGAAAGACAGGAGACUCACCCUGGAACAAGUGGUAGCCAUUGAAGCCCUUACGCAGCUUUCAGAAGCUCCAUCCGAGAAUUCUUCGCCAUCAAAGCCAGAGAAGGGUGAAGAAACAGAUCAGAGGACAGCUAGUCUGCUUGACAAUUGCAAGGCUAUCCUUAAUUCUGUGAGAAAAGACCUCCAAGACACAAACAUAAAGUGUCUUCAGCACCAGAACACAGAGUUCAAGUUGCCGGAUAGUUUAGCUACUAACCAAACACUUGAAGAUUCGAAUUCACUUACAGCUGGAGAUGAAUCUACCCUUGAUAGUUGUAAGAAUUCAUAUCCAUUGCCAGUAGAAAGUCAUAAUCCAGAAGACUUCAGUCAGGCACUAAAUGGCAACCAAAAGUUGAAUUUCCAGCAUGAGCUACCAUGCCAGGAUGUGCCCCACAGUCAAAUUGAAGAAGAUGUUGCAGCACAAUUAACCCAGCUUGCAUCCGCAAUUAAUUACAAUCACACAAACCCAAAUGUCAAGAAUGCUGGAAGUACACCAGGGAGCCUUGCUGCAAAGAAUACACAGCAGAAACCUAGUCAGGAGAAAGGCAUGGCACAAGAGAAACCAGCAUCGAGUAUACAAAACAAACCUAGUGUACCAGCAACAAAGCCAAAGAAUAAGACCCAGAAGAAAGCAAAACAGACCCCCAAAACAGACAAGCGGAAAAAGGAACCUCCACUCCCUAGCUCUACAGAAAAUGAUCAGAAGCAAGAGCAACUUGCAACUCAGUAUAGUAAUAUGCAUGACAUUUGGAUAUCAUCCAAAUUUCGAAGAUUUGGUCAGUCCGGUCCACACAGUGUUCCUGACAUGUUUGGAAACCCUUCUAUCUUUUCCCAGAAAUUAAAACCAAUAGCUCAGAAUAGCAUACCCUUACAACCCAAUAUGACGUUUCUUCCUCUCCGUCAGAUAAAAUUCACAAGACAAUCUGAAUUGGCAAAGGAGAAUGUUAAAGUCGAGCCACCAGAUGCUCUACCAACAUGCCAAAUCAAGACCGAAGCCAGCGGGCAGGCAUUUGCAGAGCUGGGAGAUAAUUCUCAGGUACAGACCUCAGUGAAUAUUGGUGAGAAAGCUCACCCUCUGCUUCAGCCCUCCCCUCAAUCUAACCAGUGUGCUAACAUGAUGCCUGGUGCUGCUCAAACACAGUUACAACUAGGCGCUCAAGAGAACCUGGUGCAUCCGAUACCACCGACGUUGCCUGGUACCUCUCCUGAGACUCCCUUGCCAGACCUAGCAUCCAUCCUCAGGAAAGGGAACGUGUCGAGUUCCAACGGAAUGGCAGGUGUGAAUGCGAAGCCGGAAACGCAAGCACCAAGCCAUGGACCAUCGUCUGACUCCGCCACACACAGUGUCCAGACGGAGUUUUUAGAGCACAUCAAGAAAUACCUUAGAGACCCUGCAAAACUCCUGCUACCUGAAGUGAAUGAGACGGAAGAGCCAACCUGUGACUGUAAUGAUGGAGGUACACAAAAAGACAAAGGCCCAUAUUAUACACACCUGGGGGCAGGACCAAGUGUUGCUGCUAUCAGGGAGCUCAUGGAGACUAGGUACGGCCAUAAAGGCAAGGCGGUACGAAUUGAGAAGAUAGAGUUCACGGGGAAAGAAGGCAAGAGCUCGCAGGGCUGCCCAAUCGCCAAGUGUAUACUUAGACAAUCUAGUUCUGAAGAGAAGAUUCUUUGUUUGGCCCGGGUGCGACCCGGCCACCACUGCGCAACGGCUGUGAUGGUCGUGGUUAUCGUGAUCUGGGAAGCCAUCCCUCGCUGCAUGGCCGACUAUCUGUAUGAUGAGCUUAGAAUGAACUUGAGGUUCUACAGCGGGCAUCCCACUGACCGCAGAUGUACCCUCAAUGAAAGUCGCACCUGCACCUGCCAAGGCCUCAAUCCAUUGACAUGUGGCGCAUCUUUCUCCUUUGGCUGUUCAUGGAGCAUGUUUUUGAACGGCUGUAAGUUUGGGAGAAGCCCAAACCCCAGAAAGUUCAGACUUGCUCCAAACUUUCCAUUAAACGAAAAGAAACUUGAAGAGCUUUUUCACAAAUUGGCUGAUGAUUUAGCUCCCGUUUAUAAGCAGAUGGCUCCGGUGGCUUAUCAAAAUCAGGUGAAAUAUGAAGAUGUCGCUGGAGACUGUCGUCUUGGUACUAAGAAAGGCCGUCCUUUCUCUGGUGUCACCUGUUGCUUGGAUUUCUGUGCCCAUUCUCACAGGGAUAUUCACAACAUGAUUAAUGGAAGCACUGUGGUUUGUACUUUGCUUCGUGAAGAUCUCCGCGACUCGAAAAAUCCCAAGGACGAACAGUUCCAUGUCCUCCCUUUACACCGGCUUGCCGACACCGAUGAAUUUGGCUCCCGAGAGGGAAUGGAAGAAAAGAUCCGCUCUGGGGCCAUUGAGAUCGUUCAGCCAUCCAGGAAGAAAAAACUACGUUUCAAGGAGCCUAUUCCUCGGUGUGGGAAGAGAAGGACCACUAUGAUGGAGCAGAACAAGAAACCACCCCAUUUUAUUUUCAAAGGUUCAGACAACACUAAAAGCUCAUCAGCCUCAUCUACUCAUCAGCCGGUGAAUGAAGAAGCAGGUGCCUGUACGUACAAUAACACAGCCUCAGGCGGGUUUCCAGAAACAAGUAGUGGUCUCCCCUGUACAAUGCCCUCCGGUGCUAAUGUAGCUGCUGGUGCUGGAACUGAACAGCCUGGUGAAGCAGCUCCUCUUCCUCAACCCUCUCUCCCCAUAGCAGACACCCCUCUCUCUACCCCAUCUGAGCAGCUACCAUUCCUCAGCUGUGCUCAUGAACUGGAUUCCUGUCAGGUGGAAGACGGGCAGCACUCUGAAGCAGAGGAGCCUCUCUCAGAUGGUGCCCUCUCAGAUGACCAGUCCUCCGAGGAUGACGAACCUCAGCUUGAGGAGUAUUAUUCAGAGAAUGAGAAGAUCUUCUUUAAUCCUAGCUAUGGCGGAGUGGCCAUAGCACCCCUUCAUGGUUCAGUGAUUAUUGAAUGUGCCCGGAGAGAGGUUCAUGCUACCACCCCUGUGCAAGAUGCCAAACGAGAGAAGCCCUCACGGAUGUCCCUGGUAUUGUACCAGCACAAAGGCCUGAUUCUCCCCUGCCAUGGUUUUUAUUUCAACAGGAUUAAGUUUGAGUCUAAAAUUUUUAAGAAAAAGGCUGCAGAACGGAAGGGUCCUGAUAUAUCAUCAUUUGUAGCCAAUUUACUGUCUAAUAUUCCUUCUCGUAUUGCACCAACCUUAACCCGUGAUAAUGUUGUCACUGUGUCCCCUUAUGCGCUCACUCACGUUGCAGGACCCUACAACCAUUGGAUCUGA